GGCGCAGGGCAGAGCAAAGAUGCUUCCUGAGCAGGUCCCGUUACGCGGCGCUAAAACGCGAUCUUCAGCCUCGUGCAGGGCACGCUCAGCACCAGGGCCCCGAGCGCGGGGCUCCGCAUCUGAGAACUUCAUGCCGGAUCACAAGUCCUCGCCCCGCACCCCGUUACCCUCCUCCCGGCUCAGCAUCUCUGCACUUGAUUCGCGCGGGCGCCCAGGUACGGCGGGGCCUGCGCAGGCCGGCGCUCGGCGCGUUCCGGACGCGCGUGCUCCGGCUCGGGC